AUGCCUUCAGCUGAUCCCGUAGUGGCCGUGCCUGUCAACGGUGCCGUCAAUGGCACUGCCAAUGGAACAAAUGGCGAAUCUUCCCGUCCCCAGACGCCGAUGACCGGAAUGGCCUUGACGGAGUACAGCGCAAACCCCUCGACACCUUCCGCGGAGAGACAGGCGCGCAUCAAGGAGAUUGUUCCUGAGGAGUAUCUACUUCCUACUGGAUACCCCGACUACCUUCGUCUUAUCGCCAGCGCUACAUCGAGAGUUUACGAGGCCUGCAAGGUCACUCCCCUCACCAACGCCGUCAACCUGAGCAACCGACUCGAAUGCAAUGUUCUCCUCAAGCGUGAAGACCAGCAGCCCGUCUUCAGCUUCAAGCUGCGCGGCGCUUACAACAAGAUGGCUCAUCUCGACCCGACCAAGAGCUGGAAGGGUGUUGUCUGCUGCUCUGCUGGUAACCACGCCCAAGGUGUCGCCUAUUCCGCCCGCAAGCUCAAGAUCCCUGCGACCAUUGUCAUGCCCGAGGCGACUCCUAGCAUCAAGCACUUGAACGUUGCUCGUCUUGGUGGCCAUGUCGUGUUGCACGGUGCUGAUUUCGAUGCGGCGAAGGAGGAGUGCUCGAGACGAGAGAAGCAGGAUGGACUUAUCAACAUCCCUCCCUUCGACGAUCCCUAUGUCAUUGCUGGUCAGGGAACUAUCGGAAACGAAUUGUUCGGUCAGGUCAACAUGGCCAAGGUGGAGGCUAUCUUCUGCUGUGUUGGUGGCGGUGGUCUCAUUGCCGGAAUUGGCCUUUACGUCAAGCGCAUGGCUCCUCACGUCAAGAUCAUCGGUGUCGAGGCUCACGAUGCCAAUGCUAUGGUGCAAUCUUUGAAGAAGGGCGAGCGCGUUCUGCUCAACGAGGUCGGUCUGUUUGCCGACGGUGCUGCUGUCAAGAUUCCUGGAGAAGAGACUUUCCGCAUCUGCAAGGAAGUUAUCGACGACGUUAUCGAAGUGUCGACCGAUGAGAUCUGCGCCGCUAUCAAGGACAUGUACGACGACACUCGGUCAGGCCUUGAGCCCGCUGGUGCCCUUUCCAUCGCCGGUCUCAAGAAGUACGUCGCCCAGAACCCCUCAGACGAUUCAAAGCGCAACCUUAUCGCUGUUACAUCCGGCGCCAACAUGAACUUUGAUCGCCUGAGAUUCGUUGCUGAGCGUGCUACCAUGGGUGAGGGCAAGGAGGCUCUGCUUGCUGUACAGAUUCCGGAGCGCCCUGGGUCCUUUGCAGAGCUCAUUAACAACAUCAUGCCCCAUGCUGUUACCGAGUUCACCUACCGAUACUCAACCGACGAGGUUGCCAACAUUCUCAUUGGUGUCUCCCUAACAGCCCCCGCUCACCAGCGAUCCGAAGAGCUCCGCUCCCUUAUCGACCGUAUCCAGUCAAACGACAUGACCGUGACCGACCUCACACACGACGAGCUCGCCAAGAGCCACAUCCGAUACCUCGUCGGAGGACGGUCCGGCGUCCCCAACGAGCGCCUCUACAUGUUCACCUUCCCCGAACGACCAGGCGCCCUCGAGAAGUUCCUCACCACGCUCCGUCCCAAGUUCAACAUCAGCCUAUUCCAGUACCGUAACUACGGCGGCGAUGUAGGCAAGAUUGUCACCGGAAUUUUGUGCCCUGACGAAGAAGUCACUGAGCUUCACAACUUCUUGCGCAGGAUCGGGUAUCCUUAUGAGGACUGCACCGAGUCACCAGUGUUCAAGACAUUCUUGCGAUCAUGA